AUGGCUGAGUCUGAUACUCUUCUCAGAGUCCCAGUCUCGCGCCUUGAUACCACAAUGUCUUCCUUGUCAUCCACCGCUGACACAGAUCCCCUCUCCCUCCUCCGCCUUUCAAUCUCCCAAUCCCCCCCGCCAUCCCUCUCUCACACCCCUAACCCUCCACCACAAGAGGUCACGUUGGCCUCCGCCUCGUACCUGAUCUUCCCUUCCGCCGCAUUUCCCCUGUGGACAAAAACGCGCUUUCAUAAGUCCAGCGGGGAGUCCGUCGACCUGCGCUCCAUCUAUUUCGCUUGGCUUCAUCGCGAGGAUACGAUCCCGGACUACAUUACCAAAGCGCAGAACUUGGGCGAUGGGGUGGUUACAAAUCUUGCGUUCUUGGAGAGGCUGGAAUUGGUCACCUGGCUUGAAGGUGGGCAGGAAGAGUCGGAUUUUAUUAAGCCUUUGGCGUCAGCUGCUGCUUCCGCUUCAGCUAGCACUGAUGCUCACGCUGCUAGUGCUGUGUCGGGCGGUGGGGUAGCGGGUGCGGCGGCGGGGCAGGGUCCGCAGAGCACUCCUGGGGGAAGUGCGAAGAUCGGUGGGUCGUCAACGGCGUUGGCUGGGAAGGUUAGAGUUACGGAUCCGAGAUUGUUGGAGAUCUAUAGCUAUGAGAGAGUGUUGUCUAACCGAAACACGUUCCUCCGCGGAAUUAAACCUACCGUGGCAUUCCCCGCAACUCCCUGCAACGGCCGUGAACUGACAAACAAUGCAGGAUUUCUCCCACGUCCGCAAGCAAGCCGAAGACUUCAUAACCCGACUCCGCAACCAGAAACCUAGCAGCAGUAAUCCCUCCUCAACUCCAGGUCCCCACCACCCCCACCCCCACCACCACGCUCAGCAAAAAUCCCUUCCCCACCGCUCCGGCCACCCCGCCGGUGGCGACACCUCAACAACCUCGACCCCAAGCAAAUCCCCCAGCAAAUCCCGCUCCCGUGAUCCCAUAAUCCUCCUGUCCCCCUCCGCCUCCUCUCUCCUAACAAUGGCGAACAUAAAAGCCUUUCUGGAGAAUGGCACCUUCAUCCCCUCCUCCCAACUGCCGGGACCUCACGAGACACUCCACCAUAUCUCCCGGCUGAUUCCAGGAAUCCACCCCACAGCCCCCGUACGCUUCCUGGUCGUGGAUAGUAUCGAGAAGUUCAAGCCGGACUAUUGGGACCGCGUGGUUGGGGUGUUUACAACCGGGCAGGCGUGGCAAUUCAGGGAUUACAAGUGGAAUAACCCCGUGGAGCUAUUCAGACAGGUGAGGGGGUUUUAUGUCGGCUGGGAUGGGGAGACGGUGCCGGACCAGGUGAGGGGGUGGGGUGCCGGCGUGAAGUGUUUGAGUAUUGAGCGGAGCAGGAGAUUCAGAGAUCGCGAGGUUUGCGAGUCGAUUUGGGAUGGGAUUGAGACGGGGAUGAAGCUGAAGUUUGGGAGGUGA